ACCUUAUGUAUAAACUGUCGGUAAACCCGGCUUGACUUCAUCAGCCUGCACCUUAGGCACACGGGCUCUGUCACAAACCAUUUUAGUUUCUCGCUUUGUGCGCUAGGACCGCCGCUGAUGCGAUUAACGGCACAGACGGGCGGCGAGCCGAGACCCAGCACGUUGCAGAGGGCCGUGCAUGCCCACCUGACAAGCACGACAGCCAGGGGAUAUAACCGCAGGGAUAUUCGGCUCACAUGGAGUGAGGGGCGGAACCAGAGGAUGUGACGUCCAGCUCGGAGAGGAGAUUGUACCAUGUCUCGUAAACGCUGCUCGUUAACGUUGAUGUUUGGUGGGGAUUACUGCAAGCAGCGGGAUGGCCGAUUGAGCGCAUACGGUGGGUUAAAGUGAACGGAAAGCGGAACAGCAGCAUUUAAGAGUCACGACACGGGGGCAAGGCACGCCUACAAUGGAUAUAACCUUUGUAUUAUUUGCUAUUAUUUCUACGCUUCUCGCCAUUGUGGUCGCAACGUCGCUUUUAAACGGCUCAUCGCCUGCAGCAGACUUUGCAAAUGCGCGGAGUUAUUUCGGACACAGAGAUGGUGUGACCAGAGGAUUAGAUCAAUCCGGCCCGAAACAGAAUGGCCAUCUACCCGAUAAGAAAAAGAAGAAGGAGGCGGACGACUGGUGCGAAAUCAGCGGGAGCUCACACGAUCACUGGGAUGUAGUGAAAUCUGUGCUUUCUGAGGAAGCACACUCCCACCCUCAAUCUGAAGAACAAGAAACCCUGGCUGAUUGGUCCAGGCCUGGAUCUAGGAAUACAAUCUUAGAGGCAGAGUCAUCAUCCGAUGCUUCAUCAGGGACAGGCCGAAGGUCGCUCAUUGGGCUUUCUGAUACACAGCUCCUAAAGUGUGCUUUUUCUUACCCCCAAACUGAAGGAGCAUCAGAGAGAGCGGGGAUGAAUGCAGAAAAGGUAGAGUCAAAUGCAAAUAAUUCCUUGAAGUACGUCCCAGGAAAGGCACGAUCCCACCACAUGGAAAAGAUGAUGACCAAAGAGGAGCUGGAGGAGGAGCAGAGGGUGCAGCAUGAGCAACUGACUGCAAUCUUUCAGCUACUGAAAGAGAACAAGGAGACUUUUGGGGAGGUGUCAGAGGGAGACAUAGAGGAGCAGCUCCGACUCUACUCCAUCUGAGAGCCCUGUCGUGUCAUGCUCACUACGACCGUUUAUUCUUAAAAACUACUAAAAAAACGUCUCCAGUACACCAAAUGAACUUUUUUGCAGUAUUCAACGUGGCUGGACAGUGCUCUCCCAAUUUUGUGAUUUAUUGUGUUUUACUGCUUUGAUUUUGUUGUUCUGACCACCUGUCAUCCACAUGAAGGGAAAACCAAACUAGACUGGAUCAAUUCUCACACUGAGCAGGUUAAUAUAUGAAUGAAUCCUAAAAGAAAUUAAAGGAAUGCUGUUUAUUUUACUUUUAAAAUAUAUUGCAGAUAUAAGUGAUAUAAACUCUGAGUUAUGUUUGUUUCUGAAGUUGGUCGUGUAAUAAAACACAUUGUUGCUAA